AAGCCAUAUCAGCCUUCCAGAAAAGGGUAUUUCUCCAAACUUGGCAAUCAUGGCUUGAUGGAGAACGUCAUAAUUUCAUCUCCCAUUCCGCCAUGCGACCGCCCUGAAAUCGCGCAGCAGCGUACCCAAGGUACCCUACCGCGGUUUUUUCUCAGGGGGAGGAGACGUUGAGGAGCCCACAAGCACGCGGCGCGAAGCCGGACUUGGCACCGAACAACAGACAAGAGUUUUCUGUCCCCUUGCCAAGUACAAGCUGCCUCCGUUCUACCCUGUUUGGAUGCGCUUGCAAUCUGGUCCCCGCAUCGAUGCUAAACUGCCCUAUGCCACACGGACCGAUCAGUGACUCUUGGCAUAUGGGUAGUACUUCGUACUAGCGGCAGACUGCUUGUCAAGCUACCGGCAGAGCUACCGGUAGAGCUAGCGGAUGCAUACUUGUGCUUACUGCGCGUGAGAUGCUCUGACUGCAGGUCGCUUCACAUUUUGCAGACGGCAAGACGGUCCUCGCAAUCUUGGCAUUUGUUUUAUACGUCCCGCCAGAAUGGUCAACCCAAGCCCCGUGGGCCACCCAAAGAUAAGUCAGAUUAACAAUAACGGCAGGCCCGGAAGGGCAGACUACUUGGGAUGCUAAUAUCCGCAGAUGCCCCAAUAAAUCAAUGCCCAUAAUGGGGGGCCCUCCCCACAUUAAGUAUCAGAGAGAGAGGUCUCUCCACCCCGACAAGCCUUGGCUGCUUUAUUGGACAAAACGUAAAAAAUAAAAAAAAAGUACCUACACCUGGGUAUAGUCACGGCCAUGACGUUUGGGAUCAAGAGAGGAGCCGGUCCAAGGGAUGGGCUCUUGGCACUCCCAUGUGCAUGGGACUGGGCGUCGUCGACUGCGACUCCGCCAUCAACGGGGUAACAUUGUCAGGAUGGAUGGGUGGAUGCGCCUGCAACUUGUCUUGAUAAUUCGGCAUAAUCGAGUGCACGUAUAAUAAGCAGCAUUCACGCCCAUCCAUCCGUCUUGGUGUCGCUCCCGGCUUCUGGUUUCCUCACCUCACCCUCACUGUCGCUCUUUACCCGGUGGUCUCUUGCUCUUCAGCUCUCAAAAUGCGGUCCGCAAUCAUAGUAUCGGCACUCGCCUCGGUGGCCACCGCCGCCAGGCCCUACCUCAACGAGCCAGACACCGGAAUUGAUGAGGUGCUCGGCCAGCUCCCCGUCGGGUCGCUCCCCAACGUGACCGACAUGCACGCCCUGCACGACUUUGAGUGGGCGGCACGGAGGUACCUCCCCAAGGUCAACUACACCUACUACCGCAACGGCGCCGGUGGCGAGUGGUCCUACAGGAACAACCUUGAGGUCUACAACCGCUACAAGCUGAGGCCCAAGACCAUGGUGGACAUUACAAACAUUGCAGAGUCCAUGCCCACCACAAUCCUUGGCCACAACUUCUCGGCUCCCUUCUUCAUCUGCCCCUGCGCCCGUGCCGGAUAUGGCCACCCUGACGCUGAGCUCAACCUGGUUCAGGGUGCCGGCGCCGGCAAGAUCCUGUACAUCCCAUCAUCCUUCUCGACGCUCCCGAUCGAGCAGAUCGCGGCCAAGCGUGCACCGGACCAGAUCCUCUUCAGCCAGGUCUACACCAACGACAACGACACGGCCAACCAGAUCCUCUUUGACCGCGCCGAAAAGGCCGGCUCCAAGGCCCUCGUCUGGGCCAUCGACGCCCCCGGCAGCCCCAGCCGGCAGCGCGCCGCCCGCUACGGCGUGGGCAGCGCCAACGCCGUCUUCAUCACCAACACCUGGGAGGUGCUGGACAAGUUCCGCACCAUGACCAAGCUGCCCUUCAUCCUCAAGGGCAUCCAGACCGUCGAGGACGCCAAGCUGGCCGUCCAGCACAAGGUUCCCGCCAUCAUCCUUUCCAACCACGGAGGUCGUAACCUCGACGGCAGCCCGUCGUCGCUUGAGAUCGCUCUCGAGAUCCACCGCGAAGCCCCCGAGAUCUUUGAGCAGAUCGAGGUCCUGGCCGACGGCGGCGUCCGCUACGGCACCGACGCGCUCAGGCUCCUCGCCCUCGGCGUCAAGGCCGUCGGGAUUGGCAGGCCCAUGAUGUACAGUAACGUGUUUGGCGUCGACGGCGUCAAGAGGGCUGUCGAGAUCUUCAGGAACGAGCUCACCAACGAUGCGGCCAACUUGGGCGUCGCCGACAUCAAGAAGAUCGACACAAGUUUUGUGGACUGGACCCCCAACCACUGGUACAGCUGAAAGAGGGGCCUACCUUAGUUAGCUAUACGGGGCAAAAAAGAAUAGGAACCCGAAACUAUUUCUCGCAAUGAAAAAUGAUAAAAAGGUUUAAUUAUGAUGAAUGCAUCCCCUUCUGGAAUCGAGUCA